GUCGAGCAGAAGGAUCAAGGUUCAUUAGGUUCCAGGCUCCCAGGAAAACCAGAAGUUCCAGCUCUGAGACUCCUGGGGACACGGGGAUCCCAGGCUGCGCCCUCAAGCGUCGGUCCUGCUCCUGGACUUUGGUGACCCCGGGGGUCGGAGAACCGCUGCAGCUGCUGCACGAUGAUCUUCUACACUUUCUGCUCCCAGACUUUGAGGAAAAACUCCGUUUUUCCCGCAACUCUGAAGGUUUUUAGGACACCGUGGACACGUCAUCCAGGAUUACCUGCAACAUCUCGUUUGAUCCAUGUGGACCGUCCGCCCAUCGUCCCCUCCCUCACCACCAGCUAUGCCCACGGCACCUCGUCCAUGUCGUUGCUUGGCGAUACGGUCGGAGGAGCCCUGCUGAAGUCUGUGGAGCGCUGGCCGGAUAAAGAGGCCCUGGUCUUUCUGGAGGACGGUGUCCGCAAAACCUUCGCAGAGUUUCUAAAAGAUGUGGACCAGGCUGCUGCUGGACUGCUGGCUCUGGGACUCAGGAAAGGAGACCGGCUAGGCAUGUGGGGGCCCAACACCUACGAAUGGGUCCUGUUCCAGUUUGCUACAGCUAAAGCAGGCAUUAUUCUGGUGUCUGUGAAUCCAGCAUACCAAUUGCAGGAAGUGGAGUUUGCUCUACGGAAAGUUGGUUGUAAAGCUGUGGUGUGCCCCACAGAGUUCAGAACUCAGAAGUACUGCGACAUGUUGAGGAAAAUCUGUCCUGAAAUUGAGUCGUCCACACCAGGAGCCAUCAAGAGCGCCAGGCUCCCAGAACUCCGCUCUGUGAUCGUUCUGGACAGUCGACAACCGGGAAUGUUUCACUUUGAAGACGUGAUGCAGGCGGCCAGCAGCCAGUUCACUCAACAGCUGCAGGAGCUGCAGAAGAAGAUCUCGUUUGAUGAACCGAUAAACAUCCAGUUCACUUCGGGAACAACUGGAGCACCGAAGGGAGCCACACUUUCACAUCACAACAUCAUCAACAACGCUUGCUUUGUUGGAAGAAGAAUGGGCUAUGAUUGGAGGCUGAACACUCGUAUCUGUCUGCCGGUGCCUCUGUACCAUUGCUUUGGCUCUGUGGGUGGAGGAAUCAUCAUGGCUGUUUAUGGCUGCACCCUGGUCUUUCCCUCUGCAGGCUACAAUGGAAAGUCCAACCUGGCAGCUCUGGAGAGCGAGAGGUGCACCUUCAUCUACGGGACCCCAACCAUGUACGUUGACAUGCUGGCCCAACCAGAUCUGGCUAAAUAUGACUUAUCAUCUUUGGAAGGAGGCAUCAUGGCUGGCUCUCCGUGCCCUGCAGAGCUUGUGAACAAGGUUGUGUCUUUAAUGGGCGUCAAAGGGUUAACGAUUGGUUAUGGAACCACAGAGAACAGCCCAGUGACGUUCCUCGCCUCCCCGUUGGACAACAUGGAGAGGAAGUGUGAAACAGUCGGCUACAUCAUGGAGCACCUGGAGGCUAAAAUUGUGGAUCCUACUACUGGAGAGGUGCUUCCUCUGGGGAUGAAGGGGGAGAUCAUGGUCCGAGGGUACUGUGUGAUGUUGGAGUACUGGGGCGACCCGUGUAAAACCAGCGAGUGCAUCACUAAAGAUGGCUGGUACAAAACUGGCGACAUCGGCAGCAUGGACGCGUACAGCUACCUCAAAAUUGACGGCAGGAGUAAAGACAUGAUCAUCAGAGGAGGAGAGAACGUUUACCCGGCCGAGAUUGAACAGUUUCUACACACACACCCCAAAGUGAAGGAGGCACAGGUUGUCGGAGUGGAGGAUGCCCGGAUGGGUGAGGAGGUCUGUGCCUGCAUCAAGUUGGUGGAUGGUCAAGAGUCGUCUCCUGAGGAAAUCAAGGCUUUCUGUAAAGGACAGAUCUCUCAUUUCAAGAUUCCUCGUUACGUUCUGUUUGUGACUGACUACCCGGUCACCGUUACUGGAAAGAUCCAGAAGCACAAACUCCGCGAAGAAGCUGAAAAGCAGCUGGGGCUGAAGAGGAAAUGAAAGACUUCACACAUGAAUUCAGUGACUGUAAUCAGAAAAUAAUCACGUUUUAUGACAGAAACUCCCAUUUAAAUUCGGACAACCAUCUUAAAGCAUCUGGAGAAGUGACUUUAACGGCAUGCUGCAGGUCUCUAGUUGAUUAAAACAACUUCCUGCUGUUUUAAACACUGUGGAAAUUUCUUAUUGAAAAUAUUCAGAAAUAAAACUUUUUAAUUAAAUAACGAACUUGCAUCGCCCUCAAAGAUGGAAUACCUCACAGAGGGAAGAUGGAAAGUAACACUGAUUCAUGUGAAGUUUAAAUCCUGACCUUCAAAUGUGACGUUUUUGUAUUUUUAAUAGAAAAGCAUAUUAUUAAAAAGUCUUAAUUGCUCAAAACUCUUUUUUUUAUAUCAACUUGAUUAAACUUUGACUUGAUUAAAAGCA